AUGAUAGCCAUCAUUGGCAGCGGCGCGGCUGGUAUGGCUGCUCUCUGGGCCCUUCACCAGCAUUCUCCUCACCAGGUCUACAUCUACGAGGCGGCUCCUCGUCUUGGAGGUCACAUCAACACAGUAAAGUUCAAGAAGGGAGAAGAUAGCGUCAAUGUCGACACUGGAUUUAUCGUGCUCAACAACUCUACCUAUCCCAACUUUCUCAACUUCCUCAAAGCCAUCAAUGUCCCAACCACGCCCUCGGAGAUGUCAUUUAGUGUUUCGCGAUUCUCCGACUCGGGCUCCUUUGAAUGGGCAGGGUCCUCCCUGAGGAAUCUUUUCGCUCAAAGCAGAAACCUGUUCUCUCCUUCAAUGUGGCGGAUGGUCUUUGACAUGGUGAGAUUCAAUCACUUCGCCCCUGAUCUCCUCCGCCUACCCGACGUGGACAAUACUAUGUCUAUUGGAGAGUACCUCGAGAAAGAAGGAUACUCGGCAUUUUUCCGCGACAACUACCUAAUCCCAUUGACGGCGUCAACGUGGAGCACGAGUCCAGACAAGUGCAACUUGCAAUUUCCUGCCGUGACUCUCAUCCGGUUUCUGUACAAUCACAACCUGCUUAAUACGCUCGGGCGGGGUCUCGAGUGGCUCUCCGUGACCGGUGGCGCAAAGAGCUAUAUUGAUACCAUAAUGGCCAACUUUCCUUCCAAACAAGUGUUCUUGAAUCAGCCCGUAAUAUCCGUCAUGAACGAUCCAGCCUCGGGUAGUGUUACAGUCACCACUGCCGACGGCACGACAGCCACUUACGACCACGUCAUCCUCGCUACGCCCGCACCUCAAGCACUCUCUCUAGUAUCCAAAACAGCAACUCCACUAGAAAGCUCCAUCCUCUCAGCCUUCGAAACAACCACCAAUACCGCAGUGCUUCACUCCGACGAGACCCUCCUCCCCCAGAACCGCCGGGUCUGGUCCACCUGGAACUAUCUGAGCAAUGGCGCAGCUGAUCAGGUAUGCGUUACGUAUAACAUGAACCGGGCGCAGGGGGUCUCGCAUGCGAAAUACGGGUCGGUGUUGGUGACGAUGAAUCCGCUGUUUAUGCCGGAUGUAAGAACAAUCCAGGGAGUGUUUCAGUAUGAACAUCCGCUAUUUACUCCGGCGGCAGUGCGGGCGCAGACAAUGCUACCGAGGAUUCAGGGCACAAGGGGGAUCAGUUACGUGGGUGCGUGGACAAUGUAUGGGUUUCACGAGGAUGCGUUUACGAGUGCGUUUGGAGUGGUGGAAGAGUUGGGAGCGAAGAUUCCGUUUCCGGUGGCUGAUAGUCGGUUGAGAGGGGGUGCAGUGAAGGAGGUGAGAUGGUUGGAAUAUGUAUUUAGAUUGGUGUUGCAGGGGGUGCAGGGUUUGAUUGUGUGGUUGGUGGGUGGUAGCCUGAAGGGUAAGCAGAAGGCGAGGUAG